ACAGUGCUGUAGAAAUGUGAGCAACGGCUGGAUAACCCCAUCCCAUCGGAAGGCCCCAGAAUCCAAUGGCCUGCCUCCACUUCCUUCCAGAGGCCAUGACCCAAGGAGGUAGAUGAAUCGUGAUUGACUCACCCUAGAUUGGCAAAUGCCCCUUAGAGCCCAAACCUUGGCCUCCACCCAUCUGGGAAUGAGGGGUGACUGGCUGCUGUGCUCUAGUUGCUAAGGCCUCUUAGGAUCUUGGGAACCCCAUCUUUGAGCUCCACCCCAAAGCCCCACCCCUCUCUAGGAGGGAAAAGGCACCUGCUGGUAGCUGUGUUCGCAGGCACUGGGACCUGGAGCUGGAAGACAAGAACACAUACUGCUGCUGCUGCUUACUGCAGCCUGGGCCAUGGACCCCCAUGAGAUACUUACGAAGAAUCCAUAUGCCCAUAUCAGCAUCCCUCGGGCUCACCUGCGGUCUGACCUGGGGCAGCAGUUAGAGGAGGUUCCCUCUUCAUCUUCCUCCUCUGAGACUCAGCCUCUGCCUUCAGGAACCUGUGUCCCAGAACCAGUGGGCAUCUUGCAACCCACUGAAGCCCCAGGGCCCAAGGGGAUCAAGGGUAUCAAAGGUACUCCUGAGCAGAGCCAACAGACCUGGCAGUCACCCUGCAAUCCCUAUAGCAGUGGGCAGCGUCCAUCAGGACUGACCUAUGCUGGCCUGCCGCCUGUGGGGCGUGGCGAUGACAUUGCCCACAACUGCUGCUGCUUCCCUUGCUGCUCUUGCUGCCACUGUCCACGAUUCUGCCGUUGUCACAGCUGUUGUUGUGUUGUCUCCUAGCCUGGCUAUCCAAUAUCCAGGGCUGUGGGGCCCAGGCCUGAGCUCAAUGCCAAAGUGGUGCUGGACAUCAGAAGCGGCCAUUGUCAUGGGCAUCAGCCACUUGCUGGUCUGGACGGGGGAGCCUGUCCACCAGGAAGGAUCAACUGGCGCCCUCUGGAAUAUGGUCCCAGCCACCAACCACAUUGGCAGAAUAGGGACACCCUUCAGUUCCUGCAAGACUUUGGCAAUAAA